AUGAGCAGUAAUUCAAAAUAGUAGAUUAAUUCUUAUUUUUCUGAAAACAAAAUAUUCUGCUUAGAAAGAUAGAGUUAGUUAUUCAGACAAACAAGAAAAAAAAAGUACUCCUAAGAAACUAAAUCAGAAUUAACCUUAGCCGAUAUUCUAGGGAUAGUCUGUGAUCGAAAGGUAAAAUAUUAAAUUUCCCUAACAGUAGAUUCUUCCUGGUAGAAGACUGAUGAUUAUUUUCAAAAUUAACCACUCUGAUAUUUCUUCUAUUCACUCAGAAUUUUUCCAGAAAUUUAUUUGUGGCUAACCUUCUCGUUUGCGAUUUUUCUAUUGUCUAUAUUUUUGUGAAUUGAUUACUAAAUUGGUUCUCCUUUAAUUGUGGCCCAAAUUAAUUUUCUAAAUCACCAGAUUUUAUCAGCCAAUACAAAUGUUGUGA